UGCAUGCCUGUUUUGGUGCGGCGCCGCCUGCUGUCUGUGUCGCGCAGGAGCACACGUGAUCUGCGUGACCCGCUGGACACCCGCCGUCGCCUGGUGGCGUCCGCGCAAUUAACUUUUAAUACAAAUUUUUGUUGGUUGCUGGGACACGCUGCCGCCGAUCCAGCACCGACCCGCAGCGAGACACCAAGUCGCAUCGGGCCGUCGAGACACAUCCAAACGCAUCGCCUCUGCUGUUGCAUCACCGUCCGGCCUUUGCAGCAAAAGUCCACUCGGCAAAGCAUAUUCCGGAGCCAUCCCACCUGAGCCAUGCGUCCACUAACAGAAGAAGAAACCAAGAUUUUCUUUGAGAAGCUGGCCAAAUAUAUCGGCCGCAACAUUGUUCAUCUCAUCGAUCGGCCGGAUGAGCCGUACUGCUUCCGAUUACAUAAGGACCGAGUUUACUAUGUCGGUGAGGAUGUUAUGAAAAAGGCCACCAGCGUUAGUCGGGAUCAGCUCGUCUCGCUUGGUAUCUGCUUCGGCAAGUUCUCCAAGACCCUCAAGUUCCGUCUCCACAUCACAGCCCUCGAGUAUAUGGCACAGUACGCCAAGUACAAGGUUUGGAUCAAGCCCUCUGGCGAGAUGUCGUAUCUGUACGGCAACCACAUUCUGAAGGCCCAUCUUGGCCGCAUCACCGAAGACACGCCGGAGCAUCAGGGUGUCAUUGUCUACUCAAUGUCCGAUAUCCCUCUGGGCUUUGGUGUCACGGCCCGCUCGACACAGGAUGCGAGGAAGCUGGACCCUUCGGCGAUCUGUGUCUUCCACCAAACCGAUGUUGGCGAGUUCAUUCGAGACGAAGAGAACCUGAUCUAGAGGCUGAUGCAAUGUGUCUCAGGAUCGGCUGUCCUCGCAGGCCGCCAUAGUAGCCUCCCCCAAAUAGAUUUGCAAGCGGCUGUGGGACUUUGUGCUUGGUACCAAGGUCAAGGGGAGAAGACAUGGAGGCCAAUUGCGGCUCUGGCAGCAUUUUCUGGCGACUCCAAUACAUUCAUACAUCUUUCAAGAG